GGCGGCGCUGCGGGCGGAGGCCGGCCCCGCUCGCUGCCCGCCGCCGCCGGGCCGGGGCUGACGUGUCGCGGCGCGAUGGCGGCGGCCUGGGAGGAGAUCCGGCAGCUGGCGGCCGACUUCCAGCGGGCGCAGUUCGCUGAGGUGGCCCACAGAUUGUCAGAACGGAAUUGUAUAGAAAUUGUCACAAAGCUGAUCGCAGAAAAGCAGCUGGAAGUAGUGCACACACUUGAUGGAAAGGAGUAUGUCACGCCAGCACAGAUUAGUAAGGAGAUCCACGAUGAGCUUCAUGUUUGUGGUGGUCGAGUUAACAUUGUCGACUUACAACAGGUAAUAAAUGUGGACCUUCUGCACAUUGAAAACAGAGCUAAUGACAUUGUUAAAUCUGAAAAAGGGAUUCAGCUUGUACUGGGACAGCUUAUAAACGAGAGUUAUCUGGAUCAAUUAGCAGAAGAAAUAAAUGAUAAACUACAGGAAACUGGCCAGGUGACAAUAUCAGAACUCUGCAAGACGUACGACCUUCCAGGAGACUUUCUGAUACAGGCAUUAUCCAGGCGUUUGGGCAGAAUUAUUCAUGGACAACUAGACCAGGAAAACCGUGGGGUGAUUUUUACAGAAGCCUUUGUGUCCCGCCAUCGAGCACGCAUUCGUGGGCUCUUCACUGCAAUUACUCGGCCUACACCUGUAAGUAGCUUGAUCACUCGGUAUGGAUUUCAAGAACAUUUACUUUACUCUUUGCUAGAAGAACUUGUUAAUGCUGGUCGUCUGAAAGGCACCGUGGUUGGUGGGAGACAGGAUAAGGCUGUGUUUGUUCCAGACAUCUAUUCCAGAACACAGAACAAAUGGGUGGAUUCCUUUUUCAAGCAGAAUGGUUACUUAGAAUUUGAUGCGUUGUAUAGACUUGGCAUCCCAGACCCAGUAGGCUACAUUAAAAAAAGAUACAAGUCUGCACAACUCUUAUUUCUGAGAGCAGCUUGUGUUGGUCAAGAAAUGGUGGAUCAAGUUGAAGCCUCUGUGGAGGAAGCCAUCAGCUCUGGAAGCUGGAUAGAUGUAGCAACUCUUCUGCCCAGCUCAUUGUCAGUAGAAGAUGUUGGGAUUUUGCUCCAGCAAGUGAUGAGAUCUUUGAACAAAAGCUCUUCAGGUUUAGUCUUCAGUGACACCAUUGCAGUCAGUGAGAAAUUUUUAAGCAGCUGUGCUGACCUGUUUUCUGAUCUGAUGCAACAGAAAGCGGAAAAGGAAAUUAAAAACAACCCUGUUAAUUUAAUCACUGAAGAAGAUUUAAAACAGGCUUCUUGUUUAGAGAACUCAUACGCUAAUAAAAAAGACAAAAAGGAUGAAAGAAGAAAGAAAGCAACAGAGGGCAGUGGAAGCGUGAGAGGAGGAGGUGGUGGGAAUGCCAGAGAGAUAAAGAUUAAGAAAACCAAGAAGAAAGGAAGAAAGGAUGCUGACAGUGAUGAAGAGUCACAAGGGACUGGCACAGGUAGGAAUAAGAAGCCAGAGUUCUCUUUCAUGUCACAAGAGGAAAUUGAGGAUAUUUUAAAGACCCGCAUGCAGGAUUGCCCUGAAGAGCUUAUUACAGAAAUUGCUGAACAUCUAAGAAGACCUUUGACAAAAACUUACCAGGAAGUUGUGCGUUCUGUUUUUACGUCUUCAACGUCUUCCUCUGGAGCCAACAGAAGACAGGCUAUGAAGGACUUGCAGGAAGAAUUCUCAAACUUGUACAACAACAUUCGGUUAUUUGAAAAGGGAGCAAAGCAUUUCACAGAUGAUACUCAGACUAACCUUGCCAAACACCUGUUGAAGACACUGUGUACAGACAUUACAAACCUGGUUUUCAACUUCUUGGCAUCUGAGUCAAUGAUGACAAUAGAAAAUUACUCUACAAUCACAAGUGAGGGCAGAAUCAAGAUUUUAGGUAAACUGCCCGAAGAUACCAAAGGUCCUUUAACUAAACUGCAUACUUCUCUGAAUGGCAAGAGUAUAGAAGAUUUUCUUUCGUGCCUUGAUUCUGCAGUGGAUAUUUGUGGUAUUAUGGUGAAAAAAGGAGACAAAAAGAAGGAAAGGCAAGUCCUGUUUCAGCAUAGACAAGCUCUGAUUGAACAGCUCAAAGUCACAGAAGAUCCAGCUCUUGUUCUGCACCUGACAUCAGUAUUGUUAUUUCAGUUUUCAACUCACUGCAUGCUUCAUGCACCAGGAAGAUCAGUACCACAGAUCAUUAAUUUCCUAAGUGGCAAGAUCCCAGAGGAUCAGCAUUCACUGAUAGUCAAGUACCAAGGACUAGUGGUGAAACAAUUGACCAGCCAGACUAAGAAAACUGAACAUGGAGAUGGUGACACAAAAGAUAACAUGGAAGAGGAGGAAGGAGCAGAAAGCAUUCGAAAAGAGCUCCAGGAAAUCACUACCUCUAUCAAAGAUCUUGUUUUCAGACCUAGGAAAUUUUCUGUAACAGAGGAAUAAAACUGUUACUCAGCACA